ACAGAAGAGAAUUCAGUUAUCCAUAACUCCGCGUCAGACGUGUGUUCUGUCUCCUCUCAACUGAAGUAAUGAUGCUCGCGUAUCUGGCGCUGCUGGUUGCGCUUUCCUUACCUAGAUAUCUGGAUGCGCUUCAUGGAUUAUACGCCUUCGACCAGCCCGAGCUCUUUCAGAAAAAGAGCAACUGCAAACCCAUACCUGCAAACCUGCUCCUGUGCCAUGACAUCGAGUACACGAACAUGCGUCUGCCUAACCUCCUCGGACACGAAACCAUGAAUGAGGUUCUGCAACAGGCUUCCUCCUGGACCCCUCUGGUGCAGAAACAGUGUCAUCCGGACACCAAGAAGUUUCUCUGCUCUCUUUUCGCACCGGUGUGUCUGGAUGAUCUGGACGAGCCGAUUCAGCCGUGCAGGUCGCUGUGUGAGAGCGUGAAGAGCGGCUGCGCUCCAGUGAUGGCCGCGUUUGGGUUUCCUUGGCCGGACAUGCUGGACUGCAAUCGCUUCCCUCUGGAUAAUGACCUGUGCAUACCACCUGCUGGCGCAGAUGCUUUAGUGCCAGUCACCAAGGAAGUUCCAAGAGUGUGUGAUGCCUGCAAAGAAAAGCCUGAGAAUGACAAUGAAAUUGUGGACAGCCUGUGCAAAAAUGACUUUGCUUUAAAGAUCAAAGUCAAGGAGAUCUCCUACAUGAAUGGCGACACCAAAAUCAUUCCAGAAACCAAGAGCAAGACUAUCUACAAGCUGAAUGGUGGUGUUACUGAUCGUGACUUCAGGAAGAUGGUGCUUUGGCUGAAAGAUGGUCUUCAGUGUGUGUGUGAUGAAAUGAAUGACAUCAAUGCCGCUUAUCUGGUGAUGGGCCAGAAGAUGGAUGGAAAUUUGGUCAUCACGUCAUUGAAGCGCUGGCAGAAGGGUCAGCGGGAAUUUAAGAGAAUUUCUCGUAGUAUUCGCAAGCUUCAGUGCUAGGAUUGUCCACUGCUCAGAGCACUCAAAUGGUCUUGAAAAUGAAGACCUGUAACAGUCACACCAUAUGUAAAUGCAAAGGUUCAUUUAAAACCCAAAUGUCUGCUUUUCCUGGCCAGUCAGAGCUCAGGAUUGGUGGAGCUGUCACUUGUAACUGCCAAAAAGUACCUAACCUAGAUUCAUUUUCCCUCAUAAGUUUUGUCAGUUAACAGCACCUGUCAUUUUUACUAUUCACAAAACUCAUUCCUCUCUUCUAACAUUUUUGACUAUAGAGCCUCAAAACUGCCACAGAACAAUUUUCUGACAGAUGUUUUAGCAUAAAAUCUUCUAGCAUAAAAUGUAUGUAUGUGGACACCCCUUCUAGUCCCUUAACGAGUUCUGCCAUUAUUUCCAGUGAAAACAAGUUUAAAAAGGAUCUCACCCAAAAAGGAGAAUUAUAUUGUCAUUUACUCACCCUUGUGUCAUUCCAAACGCACAAAACGUCUUUCAAACACAAAUGAAGACAUUUUUAUGAAACAUGAGAGAUUUCUGUUCCUCUAUUGAAAGUCCACGCCACCAAAACUUUGAUGCUUAAAAAAGUUCAUAAAGACAUUGUAAAAGUAAUUCAUAUGAAUUGAACAGUUUAAUCCAAGGCUUCUAAGAGACCCAGUCACUUUAGAUGAUGAACAGAUUUAAUUUAGGCAUUUAUUCAUAUAAACAUUCAUCAAUCCAUAUGCAUAGAGCACAUAAAAUAUGGUAAAUGAAAGCUUAAAUAGUCCUGCUUGAUUCACAGCAACCAACGUUUGUUUUUGUGUGUCAUGUUUGAGCUUCUGCAAAAACCAAUGAGAUUUGUUUUUGUACGUCAAGCAAGUAGUUGAGCAAGUAGUUGACUUUAAAAGGAACAGAUCACUCAGGUUUCAUUAAACAUGUCUUCAUUUGUGUUUCAAAGGUGAAGAAAAGUCAGAUUUGGAAUGACAUUAAUUUUAAAUUUUGGGUGAACCAUCCCAAUGUCAUUGUAGAGAAUUCUGUGCUUUGUUUCAGGAGUUUGGGAAGGGUCCUUUUCUGUUUCUGAAUGACAAUACCCCUGUACACAAAACAACGUUCAAGUAUAAUUGAUUUACUGAGUCUGAUGUGGAAGAAUUUGACCGGCCUGCCCAAAACCCAGAAACAAACCCUAUUGAAUAUCUUUAUGAUUACCUCUGUUGCAACAAACAAGUUAAAAUCACACAAUUUUCUAGAAUGCCAUUGUAUGCCAGUACAUUAAUUGUCCUCACAUAAAUUACUGGAAUAAUCAGACCCAUUAAUAAGAAAGGGGGUCACAUAUUUAGGAAAUAUUUGCAUGUGAGAAGUUGAAAUGGUAGGUAUGAAAAUUUCAAGGAAGUAAGAUGAAAUGCAUGCCAUUCCUCUAUCAAAUGUGGUUAGGAAACAUGUUUUCUAGCAAUGCAUGGUCUAUGUGGAUUUGAAUCUGCCACAGUAAAUAAGUGAGAGGGCUUGUGUGAGUAGUUUUGCUUUAAAUACUUUUAUCAGCACAAUGAGAUAGCUGGCUCUAUUCUCAAUGUUUAAAAAUAUCCCAUGUGACACUAGCGUCUGAAGUAUGAUCAUGUAUGUUUAUGUGAAUAUUUUAAUUUCUCCACAGACAAUGAUGAGUAGGCCAACAAAUGUAUGGUUUCUUUAGCCCAGGGUUUUUGUCUUCUUUCUACUUGAGCCUAAAUACUGCACUGUUCCUGUAUUAUGUUCUUUAAAUUACAAUCAGCAGUUUUAUAUAGUAUUGGUUUAUUUUCUUUCUGUGUCAGUUAUAUUAAUAAUGUUGUACUGUAUGGGUCUGUGUUUUGUUUUG